AUGACAACAGACAGCCAUCAUCACUCGCUUCUCAUACGACAAUACAUCUUUCUAUCCUCCAUUCUUCUUCUCCUUUUCGUCUUUUCACAAGUUUCGUCUCAAGAUUAUUACAUUUCGAAUACGGGAUUUUUAGCUCCACAACCAGAUGGAAUAACAUACAAUGCAGGGAGUUUAUAUGUAGCCCUGAAUGCUACCAAUAGAAUAGUCAAGUUUGACCUCACCUCGCAACAAGUUUCGUAUAUUGCUGGAACUGGCCAGGAAGGUUUCGGUGGAGAAAACGAAAUUGCGACCGAAUCUCCUCUCCGAGCUCCAUCAAUUGCAAAACUGGCCUCUGAUGGUACCAUUUACAUUACCGAUUGUUCAAAUGAUAGAAUUAGAAAGAUUGUUGCUGGCAAUGUUUCGACUCUAGUUUCGUCUAUUUCAUUGAGUCGACCUUUCGGAUUAGAUAUUCAUCCAAUAAGUGGUGAUUUGUACAUUUCAGAAUUAACUUCACGAAUUGUCAAAUUGACACCAAGUUCUGGAAUAGCAGAAGCUUUGACUUUGAAUGGAAAUGGUUACAAUGGAGAUCAAAUUCUAGCAAUUUCUGCCAAUGUCAACAAUCCAUUGCAUAUCCACGUGAAAAGUAAUGGAGAAUAUUACUUUUUGGAUUAUGGAAAUAAUGCUAUUCGAAAGGUGGAUCUAAAUGGAUAUAUUUCUACAAUAGUUUUGGGUGCAUUUACUGCUAUUGGUGGCGAUCCUUUAAUUAGUAAUGAAUUUUAUUAUGGAGGAGUUGGACAAAUUUUCAAAUAUUCGAAUGGAUCAUCUGUUCUAAUUGCUGGUGGAGGAGUUUUGGAUGUGGAUGAUGUUGAUGCUAAAACUGUAAUGUUUGGCCAAGUUUUUGGAAUUACUUUGGGAGUGAGUGGUGAGGUUUACUUUUCAGAUUAUGGAAAUGGAAGAAUUAGAAAGUUGGUGACAUGUAGUGCAGGAACUUCCUAUUCUGGCUAUACUCAUUCGUGUGUUUCUUGUUUUGGAGCAAGUGGUGCAGGGGCAUGUUCUGGAAAUGGUGUUUGCAUUAAUAAUGAUGUUUGCGCAUGUACUGUUUCAGGUUUUAGUGGAACUUAUUGCAAUGUUUCCGUUACUACUUGUUUUAACAUUACAAGCGAUCAGCCAACUACUUGUUCAGGUCAUGGAUCUUGCGUUUCUUUGAAUAAUUGUUCGUGUCUUUCUGGAUAUGAUGCAAUCGAUUGCUCUGUCAACAUUUCACCAUUUGCAAUGAGUACCAGUAUUUCUUCAACCUCAGUUUCAGACUCUUCAGCAAUUGGCAUUCAAGCAAUUUACUCUUCAGAUGUUAAUCCAACUUAUUUCAUUUGGGCUUGUACGAAUUGUAUCUAUAAGGAUUCGAAUAAUCAAUUGCAAUUUAGCAAUAUAUCAAAUACUGCCAUUAUUGAUGGUUCAUUACUCAGUGUAGGAACUUAUUCAUUUACUGUUUAUGGUAUUUAUGAUAAUGGACCUUCGUAUCCAGCCAGAGUUUCGAAUGUUGCCAAUUUCCAAAUCACAGUAAUCAAAUCAGUAUUUUCUUCAUCUUCGUUGGAGAUUUAUGGAUUGCCAUCGGUUGUGGUGGCUACAAACGCAUCAAGCUCUCUCAACAUUAUCAUUCCACGACUUUCUCUCGAUCAAACUCUCAUUAAUCAAUUCUUGUCAUGCAGUAACAGCUCAACAACAUGUGGAUUGUUAAUUUCCUACAAUGCUGCUCUGUCAAUUACCAAGAACUCAAUUACCUCCGUCAUUUCAAGUUACAACGGUUACACCAUGGCCAGUACAAAUUUCAUGAAUAAUACCAUCACCUUUACUCCAUCUUUGAAUUUUAAGGAUAGUAAUGCAUAUUCUGGCACUGAAAUGAUUCUCAAUUUGGAGCUUACUGGUGCCACCAAUUUGACCUUCUCUACUUCAGUACCAAUUUAUUCUUCAGCCACUCCACCACAAAGUACAUCUGCAAAUUCGACAGGUGGCGUGUUGGUUGAUGUUUUGGGAAUAGUGUCUCCAUCAUCAGGAACAACGACAGAGUUGGUUUCUCUAAUCGGUUCAUAUGCCAGCUCUUCUCUUCUCACUGUUUUCAGUUAUGACACCUCUCUUUCCGCUGCCAAUUCUACUUCCUCAAGUGAUGUUGCAUUGGAAAUUGUGAAGAGUGUAGUAAUUGAUCCAAAGAAUCCUACCACAGCUCUCACAGCCAUUCAACAAGCUACCUCAAAUCCAGAGGCUGUCGAUUCUCGUGUCAUUACUGAAUUAACUAACAAGAUUAAUAAUUUUGUAGCAACUCUCAAUACUAAUUACAAAGAAGAGAGAGCUCUUUAUGGAUUUGUCAAAUCUAAAUUGGCAACUGCUGACACAACAAGAACAACAGAAAUUAUUUCAAAUGUUUUGGCAAGUGGAAGAGGAAAUCAACAAUCUAAGGGAAUGGCAGAUAAUUUGACCAAUUUAUUAAUUUUGGGAGAAAUUGCCACAUUAUUAACUGGUCAGGAUCAAUCAUCAGAUGUUAACGAGUUGACCAAAGUUUCCUUCACAUCUUCUCAAUUGGAUAUUGCUGUUGCCGUCUUUACUUUGGAUAAAGAAAUGAAUGGAACCAAUCAAAUGAUUGGAGGUGAUAAUUCUGUAACCAUGCCAUUGUCACAAAUCACGAAACAAUACAAUGGAUUCUCUAAAGAAUCUGCCACUACCAUGAUCACCUAUGAUCAAAAUAUUUACUCUCAAUCCAAUGUUAGCGUCCUAACUUCAACAGUGACUGAUUUUAAAUAUUAUCAAAAUCAACAAGUUGUAACAUUGGAGAAUUUAUCACAAAAUAUUGAACUCAAAUUCAAAAUUACAAAUUCUACAAUUGUAAUGGAAAAGAUUAUGGAAUAUAUCAAUAGUACAACUCAAUUCAAUUCAACCUCAAACAGCACCCAAUCCAAUUCUACUCUAGUGAUGGCUUGCAAAUAUUGGGAUGAAUCUGCACUUGCUUGGAGCAGUAGAGGAUGCUAUCUGAAAGGAUACAAUUUGACAAGUCAAGAAAUUCUCUGUUCUUGUUCUCACACGACAAUGUUCACAACCUUUGUGGAACAAAACACUUCGACAAUUCCUGCUUCAGUGAAGGAAACAGUUGCUGCCUUUUAUUAUGGUCAAAUUGCGUUGGGAAUUUUCUAUUUCUUGACUUCCAUUGUCAUUCUUUGUUUGUUGAUUAUUUUCAAGAAUGAACAACCAAUUUCAUCUCGUUUGAUUACUCCAUACUUGGGAAUGAUUGCAUUGAUUGUGGAAUCUCUUCUCGUUUACAUUACACAAAGAGCGAUGAAGCCACUGAAUUAUUCGCCAGUUUCUGCGUUAAGGAAUUCUCCUCUGAAAACUUUUAUCUCUACUCAGAUUUGA